AUUCCUCAAUUGCUUCAUUUCUGCUCCACAAGCUUCUUUUCAGUUAUGGCAAAGCCAGGAUACAAACUACAGGAAUUUGUGGCACAUUCAGGGAAUGUGAAUUGUUUAAAAGUUGGAAGGAAGGCGUGCCGCCUUUUCAUUACAGGAGGGGAUGAUCACAAUGUCAAUCUAUGGACGAUUGGGAAACCAACUUCUUUAAUGAGCCUGUGUGGUCAUACUGGUCCAGUAGAAUCCGUGGCUUUUGACUCAGCAGAAGUGUUGGUUCUAGCUGGAGCAUCAUCAGGGGUAAUAAAUCUUUGGAAUUUGGAAGAAGCAAAGAAGGUUCACACUAUUACUGGACACAGAUCUAAUUGUUCUGCUGUUGAGUUUCAUCCGUUCGGUGAGUUUUGUGCAUCUGGCUCCUUGGAUACUAAUCUAAAGAUUUGGGAUAUCCGAAAAAAAGGAUGUGUUCAUACAUACAAGGGUCAUAGUCAGGGCAUCAGCACAAUCAAAUUCACUCCAGAUGGCCGUUGGGUUGUUUCCGGUGGAUUUGAUAGUGUUGUGAAGGUCUGGGAUCUAACAGGUGGAAAGCUCUUGCAUGACUUCAAGUUCCAUGAAGGACACAUUAGGUCCCUAGAUUUUCAUCCUCUUGAGUUUCUUCUGGCUACAGGUUCAGCAGACAGAACAGUGAAAUUUUGGGAUUUAGAAACCUUUGAACUGAUUGGUUCUACCAGACAUGAGGUUGCAGGGGUACGCUCAAUAGCUUUUCACCCUGAUGGACGGACCCUAUUUGCUGGACUUGAGGAUAGUUUGAAGGUAUUUUCAUGGGAACCUGUUAUAUGUCAUGAUGCUGUUAAUAUGGGAUGGACAACACUUGGUGAUCUCUGUAUCCAUGACGGGAAGCUUUUGGGUUGCUCAUUCUACCGAAAUUCUGUUGGAGUCUGGGUUUCAGAUAUAUCGCUUAUUGAGCCAUAUAGUGGUGGCUUGGAAACCAAGAAAAAUGAAAGCACAGAGCAGAAGCUUAGUGUCCAGGGAAUCCAAAUGGAGAAAGUAGAGGUUGGCGUGGGACCAACUUAUGGCUUGCGCAGUAUGUCUCCUGACAAUGAAUCAAAAGAGAUAAAGAAUAUAUAUAUCGACUCUUCUGGAAGGAAUCCUGUUGCUUUACAGAGAUCAAGGUCUUAUAAUUCUCCAAAAGUUAAUCUCCCAGAAGAAUUCAAGGAAAUGUUGAAGCAGAGUCCUGCAACAGGAGUUCAUGCAAAACCAAAUGAACAAGCACGUAGAAAGUCUUGCUUUGCACCGACCAUUGUACCUCAGGACAUUCCUAACAGUAAGGACUCAGCAAGAUCUAGAAAAGAAACUAUCACCUUUUCAAAGACAAAACCUGGGAUGUUACUUAAGCCAGCUCAUGUUCGGAGAGCAUCUACUGGCUUAUUUGAUGUUGACGGGUUUUCAGCAGAUAGGGAUUCUGGAAUUUUUUGUGAUACUAUAAGUAAAGCAGACAGUGAAAAAUAUCCUAACUUCCAAAUGAAGCUUGGAUCCCAGAAAGAAGUCAAAGAAUCUUAUGAGGACAAACAUCCUAUCAAGAGUGUUACAGAGAAGUUUGAAAAGACUUUAACUCCAGACAGAUUUUCUGACCAAGAGAAACGUGAUGAAUCCUCUCCUUGCUGUGAAGAGAUUAGUCCGGUUAAAUAUCUCAAUGAAGUUGCUGUUGUACGAGGAAGGACACGUUCUCUGGUUGAAAGGUUUGAAAGAAGGGAAAGAACUCCCAUUAGUGAAGAUCAAACUAAUGCUACCCUCACCACAAUAUAUGAAAAAAGGGAAAAAGUUCUGCGUGAAGAUCAAACUAAUGCAUCCCCCAUCCCCGCCACGAUAUCUGAGAAGAGCGAAAGAAUUCCAGUAAAUGAAGAUCAAAACAAUAUGCCCCCCAUUCCCAACACAAUAUGUGAAACUAGAGUUGAACCUCAAGUUUCUGGAAGGGAUUCAAACUCUGCAAAUGAAGGGAAAAUAAUUGAACGUUUGAUGCAAAAUCAUGAUGUAACAUUGAGUAAUCUCCGUUCACGUUUGACAAAAUUACAGGUAGUGCGAGAUUUUUGGGAGCGCAAUGAUAGAAAAGGUGCCAUCAGUGCUAUGAUAAAGCUGCCUGAUCUAUCUGUUCAAGCUGAUGUUAUCAGUGUCCUUGUUGAGAAGAUGGAGAUUCUCACCUUAGAUUUAUUUUCUUGCUUACUUCCUGUGCUCAAAGGUUUGCUUGAUAGCAAGAUAGAAAGACAUGUGAAGGUAUCAUUGGAUAUGCUGUUAAAGCUUGUAGCAGUUUUUGGUCCAACAAUACGUUCAACCAUUUCAGCACCUCCCUCUGUCGGGGUUGAUCUACAUGCCGAGCAAAGGCGGGAAUGCUGCAACCAAUGCUUUAUGCAACUGCGAAAUAUCCAAAUGAUUCUUCUGAUAUUAACACGGAGGGGUGGCUUACUGGCCAAGUCUGCCCAAGAGCUAACUUUAGUUCUUCAACAAUCCUAACUAAAGAUGCUCUUUGAUGAACUUCAGCCAACUUAUGUCAUGAAUGAGUGAAUUUGGCUUAACAUGCUCGCAGCAGGAUUUUGUACAAAACAUGAAGCCUUCGUGUUGGGUUAUUUUGAUCGUGG